AUGCUGCUGCUGCUACUGCUGAUGCCCCUACUUUUGGGGCAGAGGGGAGCUGAGAGUCAGAGUUCUUACAGAAUUAAUGUGACAAGGUCUGUGGACGCUAAGGAAGGCCAGUGCAUCUAUGUGUCCUGCACUGUCGUCUACCCCAAGGAAAACAGGACUGACCCAGUUCAUGGCUACUGGUUUAGAGAAAAUUAUAAAUUGCAUCUCGAUACUCUAGUGGCCACAAACGACCCAAAUAAAAAAGUGCGGAAUGAAAUGAAGCGCCGAUUCCACCUCCUUGGAGACCCUGAAAAGAAGAACUGUUCCCUGGAUAUCAGAUACAUCAGGACUGAGGACUCCGGGUCAUACUAUUUUCGAGUGGAAAGAGGAAGUAUGAUGUACAGUUAUAAGACUGAUCUUCUCUCUGUGCAUGUGACAGAUCAGAACAUGACCAUAACUGCCUUCCAAGGAAAUGGCACAGAAUCCAGCGUUAUAAGACAUGGUUCAUCAUUGUACGUCCAGGCGGGCCAGUACCUGCGUCUGGUCUGUGUCACCAGAGGCAAGCGCUCUGUCUAUCUGAAUUGGAUGCGAGGAAGUCUCACCCUGUGCCCCUCACAGCCCUUGGACCCUGGGAUCCUAGAGCUACCUCAAGUACAUGCCAGGGAUGAAGGGCAAUACACCUGCCGGGCUCAGAACUCCCUGGGUUUCCAGGAUGUGUCCCUGUACCUCACUCUGCAUAGAAAGAUAUUGGGUCACCUGGUCAAAUUCCAAAUAAGCAACCCCCCAGAACACGAUCUCCCAGUUGUGGACUCAGAGAAGGAAGAAGGUCUCCAUUACGCAUCCCUCAUCUUUAAUGAGAAGAACGAAUUCCUCAGCUUUAAUGAGAAGAACCCUGUGUAUUUGCAGAAACAGGAAGCCACUGGCACUGAGUACUCAGACGUCAAAACUACAAGUGAGACCCCUGGCUGGAGGGAUCAAGGGCCCACCAAGGCAAAGAGAGAAGAGAGGCUGAUUCCUGUAACCUUCAAGCCUUCUAAGUGA